AUGGCUGCCAUCUACGACCACGCUAUGGGGUACAUCUCCAAGCACGCCCCCACCAUCGCCGAGCAGCUCGUCAUCUCCAACGCCACCACCACCAAGGAGGCCCUUUACGGCGACCUCAACCUCUCCGCCCUCAACUGGUUUGAGCGUCUCUGGGCCAACUACUACAUCUACAUGGGCAACGCCAUCCUUGCCACUGGCGUCAUGUCCUUCCUCCUCCACGAGAUUGUCUACUUUGGACGCUGCAUCCCCUGGCUCAUCAUCGACGAGAUUCCCUUCUUCCACAAGUGGAAGCUCCAGCCCAACAAGAAGAUUACCCCGGCCCAGAUUUGGAAGUGCACCAAGGUCGUCCUCCUGACCCACUUCACCUGCGAAGCUCCCCUCAUCUGGCUCUUCCACCCGAUCUGCUGCUACUUUGGCAUGGCCACCUACGAGGUUCCCUUCUCGCCCAUCUGGCUCAUGGCCGCUCAGAUCGCCUUCUUCUUCGUCUUUGAGGACAUGUUCCACUACUGGGCUCACCGCGGUCUCCACUGGGGUCCCCUCUACAAGCACAUUCACAAGCUUCACCACGAGUUCUCCGCCCCCAUCGGUCUCGCCGCCGAGUACGCCCACCCUCUCGAGGUCAUGAUUCUCGCCCAGGGCACCAUUUCCGGCCCCUUCCUCUACUGCCUCUUCCGCAACGACCUCCACAUCCUGACCGUCUACAUUUGGGUCACUCUCCGUCUGUUCCAGGCCGUCGACGCCCACUCUGGAUACGACUUCCCCUGGUCGCUCAGCCACUUCCUCCCCUUCUGGGCCGGCGCUGACCACCACGACUUCCACCACAUGGCCUUUGUCAACUGCUACUCGACCUCGUUCCGCUGGUGGGACUACUCGCUCGGCACCGACGCCAAGUACCACGCCUACAAGGACCGUGUCGCCAAGGCUAAGGCCUCCGAGCGCAAGGCUGUCCAGGAGCGCGAGCUCGAGCAGGUCGAGAAGGACGGUCAGGAGGCUGAGCGCCGCGUCGAGUCUUACGGCAAGGCCAAGAAGCUCUAA